GUGUUGGGUGACUCGAACGGCGCCUGCAUUUUGGUUUUCUCACCUCAGCUCAAAUGCCACACGAGAAACGCACCGUGACGGCCGUGCUGCACAGUCAGCAGCCUGUUGCGCGUUGCUGGAAAGGAAGUGGCACCACUGGCGCUGCUGUGCAAGGAAAUCCGCUCACGCUUGCUCCGUUUUCUAGGAUGUGCCGACCAAGCUGGUGGCGAAGGCCGUGCCCCUUCCCAUGGCGGUGAGGGGCCACUGGUUCCUGAGCCCCCGGACAGAGUACUGUGUCGCUGUCCAAACCGCGGUCCGGCAGCCGGACGGGGAUUACCUGGUAUCAGAGUGGAGCCAGGUGGUGGAGUUCUGCACCGGGGAUUAUGCCAUGGACCACCUGCAGCAGCUGCUUGACAAGGCCAAGGACUCCGCAGGAAGGCUGCUGAAGUUCUCCGUGUUUUAUCGCAACCAACACCCAGACUACUUUCACCACGUCAGAGCGCAGUGCGGCGGCGUCAUGCAGCCAUCCCUCAAAGACAACAGCGGGAGCCACGGUUCUCCUAUAAACGGCAAACUGCGGGGAGUCUUUCUCAGCUGCAACACAGAGUUUGACACCGGCCUCCCGCCCAAGGACUCCCCCUACGGCCCCCUGCGCUUCCAGAUCCCGGCCGGACACCUGCUCAACCCCAACACCAACCUGUAUUUUGCAGACUUCUAUUGCAUGUACACAGCCUACCACUAUGUGGUGCUGGUGCUGGCGCCUGCUGGCUCAGAGGGAGACGGCUUCUGUCGCAGCCGGCUUCCUAUGCUGGACCCGUCCUCCAACCCCUUUCUGACAUGCACUGCCCCUCAGAGGCCGGGGGAGGAGCCGCUGUUUUGCCACGCCAGUGACGUCAUCCUCGAGGUGCUUUUCACAGAGCCUAUCCGGCUGGAUCAGGGCAGCGUGGAGGAGAUCAGCGGGCACCACCAGCUCAUGAGUCUGACGACGGCCAACGCCAAGAAGGACCCCAGCUGCAAGGUGUGCAACAUCAGCGUGGGCCGCUGAGGAGGCGGCCAAGUGGCGGCACGGAGUAACUGACAUUCCUAUAGUGCUGAUAGGAAUGCUGAAAUGUUGCUUUCACAACCGACCACAGCUCGUGUGGCACGGAACACAACCGGGACCACCCAUUUCCUGGGUUGUGUGCAUGCUGCUCUCCCCCAUCCCCGUGUCAGCCCGGACCAAAAUAGACAGUGUUAGAUGAAUGACGUCUCCCAUUGUCGAUCUCAGAUCUCCAUUAGUCGUCGUGAUAACCACUGAAAUUACAUGUCUCACACCCUGGGGACAAAUAGUCAUUGAGGAAUGUGACAGGGUUUAGAUGAGAGCCAAUUAAGUUAAUUUUCUGUGUGUGUGUGUCGCUCAUGUGCACCGUGUUUUAAUAUUCAUCAAUUUUGUCUCAUUUACAUUUCCCCCUUCUUUACGUGUUUUACAUUUGCUGCCCUGUCGUCGCUUUGUGUAGCUUGUCCAGUGUAUGUUCAGUGAUUUAUAAGGUUACCGUGUUGUGUGUUGCACACCCUGCAAGUGGCGUCUGUGCAGGUGGCAAAAAGAAAAGAAGAAGAAAAAAAAGAUGGCUCACUUAAAAGGAGUCCUAGCAUUACGCAAUCGGUGGCGUCCAGAUAUCUCCACACCUCAUGAUGUUCCUCCCUCUGCCAAGAAUUAGCUGGCAAACGUCUGAAAAGCCCUGUGAAGAAACCGGAUCUCCGUAAAGACCACCGGCCGUCCUCCUGCGCUUUUCUCCGCGGCGCUACCCGGCAGCCGCGGGGGAGCGGCGCGAGGGGGGGGGGCACGUGCCAGGAAGGUGGUCGGGUUGCUUCACGCGGCCGGAAAGUCCGCUUCUUAAGAAACGCGGGCUCUUUCUCGCGCCGAUUGCAGAAAGAUCCUGUGCGGUGGGGCAACAAGGGCAGGGCCGCCAAAACCACUACAAGCCCUGAACCUCGGCCUGCCUGGGGAACCUCGACCUGCCUGGGGAACCUCGGACUAGACGACCGGCAAAGCCACACAACACAAACACAACACAAACACAACAAACACACUGCAUUCAGUCUCCGAUCUGAAGCUUUAUUUCCAUAAAAAAUAAACAGUACCGAGGGGAAGAGAAGUUUCUCCCCGACCCCCUUCCGGGGACUCUCUUUACCCCAGUCUGGCAGUCCAUGACCUC